AGCAUGUGUUAAACAUUAAUCACACAGCUAUGUAUGACGUUAAAGAGAAAAACUCCACAAUCUUGGAUGCACUCUGUAGACGUGUGUAAACUGAUGCCUUGCUCUUAUCUCGGGCUGCAGAAGUGUGCUGCGCCACGCCUCAGAUGCAACAGACUUACAGCCUGUUGGAGCCUCAGUAAUAAUUACCAAACUCGCAUGUGUCUUGUUUUUGCUGGAGCUUCAUCCUCCAAAAGAAAUAACCUGUGAAUAAAAAUGUCCAGAGGCGAGAUCAUCGUUUUCUUUCUACUUUUCAUGCCUCACUUUUCACUGGUUGAAACCCAACCAUGUGAGAAGGCGACUGACUGCCCCAAAGAGAACCAGGCAGUUUUUAGCUCAGCCACAGAAAUCCCACGCUCUCUCAGACCGAAGGUGACAGAAGUCUUUUUUUUGGAUAGUGACAUUACAACAAUACCAAAAGGAGCCUUUGCUGAAAACCCACAGCUUGAAAAGGUGGAGUUCAUAAAUAGUAACAUAUCAUCCAUCGAGCUGGGAGCGUUCGAGGGACUGAAAAACCUGAAAAAUAUUGAGGUCUCCGGCAGUGAAUUAACGUCACUCCCAGUAGGAGUCUUUAACGACCUCACCAACAUGGAGGAACUCGUACUCAAGUCUAACAAGCUUCAAAGACUUGAUAAAGGUUUGUUUGAAGGCCUUAAAAAACUAAGACACCUCCUGUUGCAUUUGAAUGAGAUUAAGUUGAUUGAAGAUGAGACAUUUGACGGUCUUGACAACCUUUUAAUGCUCCAUUUGGGUAAAAACAAUCUCUCUGCUGUGUCAACUCACUGGUUCUCCAACCUAAACAAACUGGAGACAUUCCGACUUUAUGAGAAUCAGCUGACCACCAUUCCUGAAGACUUGUUUCAGAAUUUACCAAACUUAAAGGAAAUUGGCUUGCAUGGAAACCAGAUAGAAGAAUUGCCUCCCAAUCUGUUUCCUCAUAAAAACAAACUGACUAAACUGUUUCUGGACAAUAAUCUCCUAACUACUUUUCCUGAGGGGUAUUUUGUUGGCUUCCCUCAGCUUAAAACACUGACUUUGAAGAAUAACAGGCUGAAAAGUUUGCCACCAGCGCUGUUUGGAGAAAUGCCCAAACUGACUGAAUUAAGCCUCCAGCAAAACAAUCUCUCCAGUCUCCCUAAAGGAGUUUUUGGCCCUCUGAAGAAAAUCAGGAAGCUGGACCUGUCGAAGAAUAAAUUCAUCACCUUGUCCCCUGAAUACUUUGAAGGCCCAGAAAAGCUCACAGAACUGAAUCUACAGAACAACAUGAUAGAGUCACUGGAUGAAGAUCUGUUUGAAAAGCUACAAUCACUAGCCACUCUCAAGCUGGCUCACAACAACCUCCAGACGCUUCCGGGAGAUAUUUUUGAGCCAUUAGGAAAACUCAGGAAGCUUGACCUCAGUAACAACCCGUGGCUCUGCGACUGUAACCUGAAAGCCUUCCACAGCUGGAUAACUGGAAACGUUGUAAAGCUCACAGCUCCUCCAGUCUGUGAGGAUCCAGGAGAUUUGAAAGGGAAGGAAAUACUCUCAUUAACACAGGAUCAUCUUAUCUGCCCAAUACUUCCACCCACGACUACAACAACUACACCCACAACUACCACGACCACCCCGACCACAACUACACCCACGACCACGCCAACCACAACUACACCCACGACCACAACUACACCCACGACCACCCCAACCACAACUACACCCACAACCACCCCAACCACAACUACACCCACGACCACCCCAACCACAACUACACCCACGACCACCCCGACCACAACUACACCCACGACCACAACUACACCCACAACCACCCCAACCACAACUACACCCACGACCACCCCGACCACAACGACACCCACGACCACCCCGACCACAACUACACCCACAACCACCCCAACCACAACAACACCCACUACCACCCCAACCACAACUACACCCACAACCACAACUACACCCACGACCACCCCGACCACAACGACACCCACGACCACCCCAACCACAACCACACCCACGACCACCCCGACCACAACUACACCCACUACCACCCCAACCACAACUACACCCACAACCACCCCAACCACAACCACACCCACCCCAACCACAACUACACCCACGACCACCCCAACCACAACUACACCCACAACCACCCCAGUAACAACUGAACCCACAACUGCACCCACGACUACCACAACUACAACCACCCCAACCACAACUGCAACCACAACCACCCCGACUACAAUUGCAACCACCACUACUCUGACCACGACUGCACCCACAACAACAUCUACACCCACAACUACUACAACAACUACAUCUCCUCCACCCACUCCAGUGAUCUUCUCCUGUCUGAACGUGACAACCUCAGAGCAGCAGCAAGCUUACUUUGUUCCUGAAGACGGCACAAAAGUUCAGCAGUGCAAAACUCAUCUGAAGGUUUACAUUGUUAUUCUGGUGGUAGAGAUUAUCUGCACAUUGGCUCUGGCUAAGUUCACCAUUUCACUUUAUCACCUACUCCAGCGCAGCGAGAGGUUGUACCACAAAGUGAAACUCACCCGCUUCUCCUACAAGAGGGAAGUCAUCCUACGGCCUCUGCGAGAGGCCGAGACCCGAGGACUUUGAAUUUUCUGAGCUGCUGCCAGAGAUCAGAGUUUAAUCAUCAGAAAGAUCACCAGGAUGGCAAAUAGGCCAGAAGCAAUCACACAACUUAUCACAACAUCCUUAAAGCUGUAAUAAUUCAUCUUAAAUGAUUUGGGAGCAGUGGAUUGAUAAGAUGAAGAAAGAAUGAGAAAUAAGAAUGAUGCAUACACAUGCAUUAGGUUUUAUAUCUGUUGCUCAAAUGUAAUGUUUCUGGAUGUUUUCUCUGUUUUGCUUAAAAAUAUAUGUAAAAGAUAUUAGUUUUUUGUUUUUGUAUGUCAAACAUAAUAAAAUGUACAUAAUUAAAAAAAGACGUUUCUGGAACUCGGACUAGUCAUUACUGAGAUUUCCUUUAACACAUUCUUACAGCAAGGGGGUGGCAGAGAUCCAUAAGACCUCACUCACAUUCACCGAAAACAAAAAACAAGAGGUGCUAAGCUUAGGAACAGUUCUGCAAAUUAGAAACACUGGAGCAGGUAGAAAGAAUGUUAUGGCUG